AUGGAGCUGAACGCAACAUUUAGCCGGCCAGUUGGUUUUUUCAUCAUGGGGCUUCAGUCUUUGCCAGACUCUAAGUAUUAUUUUAUUUUCCUGGCUUUUGUUUAUAUUGGAACUCUUCUGGGGAACAUUUUCUUGAUAAUGGUCAUAUGGCAGUCUGAAGCUCUUCACACCCCGAAGUACAUGGUGGUGUUCAGCUUGUCCAUUGUGGAUGUGAGCCACAGCACUGCUCUUGUUCCAAAAUGCAUCAACCAGUUUCUUUUUGAUUCAAGGUUUGUGACAUACGACUUAUGCCUGACUCAGAUGUUCUUUGUUCACUAUUUCUAUACCUUGGAAUCUUUUCUCCUGGUCAUCAUGGCUUUUGAGAGGCUGGUGUCCAUUUGCUUCCCAUUGCAAAGUGGCACGAUCCUCACUAACUCCCGUAUGUUUGGCAUCAUUGCAUUUUGCUCAGCUCUAGCCCUCACAGUUGUGUUGGCCUUAACAUUUUUGUUCAUUCAACUGUCAUUUUGCAAGCCAAUUAUUAUGGUGAUGAGCUUUUUUUGUGACCAUGGGCCAGUGUUCAAGAUGGCCUGCAGUGACAACACCCCAAACUGGAAAGCAACUACUUUCUAUAUGUAUGCUGUUAUUUUUGUGCCACUUGCUUUCAUCUUGAUGUCAUAUGUUUGUAUUAUUGUUGCCGUCUCCAGGAUCACAUCUGUAAAGGGUCGAUGGAAAGCAUUCAAAACCUGCACUGUCCACUUAAUUUUGGUGUCAGUUUUUUUCCUGCCCAUUCUAGUAACUUACACAAUUGCAUGGAUUUAUAUUACAAUUGAUGCUAACACCCGAAUUCUGAACACAUCAUUAUCAGCAGUGCUACCUCCUUUUCUCAACCCUAUCAUUUACACAUUGAAGACAGAGGAGGUGAUGGAGCAAAUCAGGAGGUUUCGCAGAAGACAUUCUGUGAAACCAUAA